ACUGGCUGGUCACAUGACCGUGCCCGCGCGUGCGCAGAGCUUCCCAUCACGUGUUGCCUGACAGCGCUCUCUGCAUCUUCCGGGACCGCUCCUCCACCUCCUCCCCGGCAGGUAACAGACCACCAUAACCACUGCACCUCCACCAUAACCACUACCACCACCUCCUCCUCCCCGGCAGGUAACAGACCACCAUAACCACUACCGCCUCCACCAUAACCACUACCACCACCUCCUCCUCCCCGGCAGGUAACAGACCACCAUAACCACUACCGCCUCCACCAUAACCACUGCCACCUCCUCCUCCUCCCUGGCGGGUAACAGACCACCAUAACCACUACCACCUCCUCCUCCCCGGCAGGUAACAGACCACCACAACCACCUCCACCAUCACCACUACCACCACCGCCUCCUCCUCCCCGGCAGGUAAGAGACCACCAUAACCACUACCACCUCCUCCUCCCCGGCAGGUAACAGACCACCAUAACCACCUCCACCAUCACCACUACCACCACCGCCUCCUCCUCCCCGGCAGGUAACAGACCACCAUAACCACUACCACCUCCUCCUCCCCGGCAGGUAACAGACCACCAUAACCACCUCCACCAUAACCACUACCACCACCGCCUCCUCCUCCCCGGCAGGUAAGAGACCACCAUAACCACUACCACCUCCUCCUCCCCGGCAGGUAACAGACCACCAUAACCACCUCCACCAUAACCACUACCACCACCGCCUCCUCCUCCCCGGCAGGUAACAGACCACCAUAACCACUACCACCUCCUCCUCCCCGGCAGGUAACAGACCACCAUAACCACCUCCACCAUAACCACUACCACCACCGCUUCCUCCUCCCCGGCAGGUAACAGACCACCAUAACCACUACCACCACCUCCUCCUCCCCGGCAGUUAACAGUCCACCAUAACCACUACCACCUCCUCCCGGCAGGUAACAGACCACCAUAACCACUACCACCUCCUCUUACCCAGCAGGUAACUGUCCACCUCUACCCUCUACUACCACACUCUUCUCCAACCAGCCACUUCCCUCCCCCCUCCACCCCCCACCUUCCCGAGCAGGUAACCGGCCACCACCACCUCUACCUUCUUCUACCACCCCCUCUUCCAAUUUAUAACCUGCCGCCACCACAACCACCUCCCCCCAGCACUUAUCCGGUCACCACCAAACACCCCCCCCCCCUUAGUGUAGCCCUCUUGUACAGGGCAAAACUCUCCAAAUCUCUCCACAUGAAACUCUCUAACACUCUCCACAUGCUUUUCAAAUACAAGCCUCCCCCCCACCCCCCCUUGUUUAAUUACAGUAGAGAACAAUCAAUUCUUAUAUAUGCAGCCCACCUCCUUCCAAUAACAUUUACAGUAUAGGUUUUGUGCCAGGAACCCCUUUAGUCUAGUAGUACACCCCUGCUCCCCCAAUUCUUUCCAACCCUUACCCAAUAAUUUCUGGGAUAUGUGUUCUAACCACUUUACAGUAACAUUACAUACAAUCCCUGUCCCCGAUUUGUUUUCCACUUACAGACCCCAAAACAUCUUUGCAAGAAUACUUUGCACAAAAAGUAUGUCAUUUAACAAAAAAAAAUUGGGGUGGUUCAGAGCUAAGUUUUAAUCUGACCAAUCAUUGCUCUUCCACUCUAGGUCACUGAAGACCCCCAUUACUUUUUCAUGUGUCUACAGCUGUGAGCUGACCCCCUCAGUCAGUAAGUGAGAUUGUUUGUUUGUUUAGUGUUGUGCAGUUUGCUGAAUAAUCCGAGUGUCUAAAUAUCUCUUAAUACCACGGUGUUUCAGAUGAGUUAAUUUCCCACCAGUCGUUCACAGCGCGGUGUUUUUUAUAUUGCACACUUAGAACACAUUUGAUUUGAAAAGUCAGUGAUUUCAAUCAGAAUUUGAAAAUACAGAAUUUUAGUAGGAAAAAAAAAAGUUGUUUACAAAGUUUUUACUUAUUGUUGCGACAUCUGGAAUAAUUCCGAUUUUGAUUAUUGUGUCAGUUUGAGAGAAGAACGUGUUAGUGGGCCAUAUGAUAAAUCUUUUUGUUGCCGAGCUGUAAAUGUAGAACAAUUUUAACUACAGGUUCUUGUAACUUUGUCAAAACAAUGACAGAUUCCCAAACUAUUUGUGGCUAAGCCCUAGAAAUAUUUCUGCUGUAACAGAACCUUUAUAUGACACGAUCACUGUCUUCAAAGUACUUCUCGAUGACCAUUGCUGUGAGAAUGUUUAAUGUAGAUAAUUUGCCUCUAUUGAUUGUCGCCUUAAGUUGAAUGUUGUGCUGUUGGAGGCUAGUCCUUCUGGUGAAUAAAUAAUUCUGUGUUUUCUGUUAUUUGCUUACCUGGUGACUGGGUGUGUGGAGACCCGUUUGCUGAAAGCUUAAUCAUUUGUGUCUGUGAGCCGAACGCGUCUUUGUUAAGCACUCAGAAGACUAGUUUGCUCUCUGGAAGAAGGAGCGAUCAGAAGAGGUGAUGUAUAUCUCUGUUUAGUGAGUAGAGCAUCGAUGCCCAAAAGAAAGAUCACCAGAUGUAAAACUACACCUCCCAUGAUGCUUUGCAUGUCUUUAGAAUGACAGAUCCCCAGAUGCUUUAAAACUACAGCUUUCAUGAUGCUUUACCUUUUGGGCAUCCCUGUUGUAGAGAAUAAUGUCUUACCCUGUAGAAUUGUGGUGGUCUCUGGUGCUAGGAGGGAAGGGAUAGACAACGUAAUGAGACCAGUCUGGAUCCCAAGCUGGGAAUAAGUCUACUCUUUUCCCGUUAUACAAUGUAAGAUAUCAUUACCCAGGACUCAAAGUUUCCACUGGCCCCCUAGACAUUGGCGAGUGAAAAUUCAGCUCUGGCAAGUAGAUGUGUGUAUAUAUAUAUAUAUUUAUAUACACACAUAACUACACACCACCUUGUUGAGUGUGUCACUGAUCCUCCAGCUUUUUGUGACCAGUAACUGUUAGGCCUGUCGCAUAGGACUUGGAACUUUGAUCCCUGUACUUCUCAUACUGUAUGAAUAAAUUGACCGUUUAGCUACGCUGCAGAACUGAACUUUUCUAAAAUGUGGAAACCUUAGACACAAGAAAUACUCUUUUGUCCUGAUCUAAAUUAGCACUACACCCCAGAGCCCUGUUCUUUCUGUCUGUUCUCGUUUUUCACCGUACCAUUUCAUUCCUCUUCCUGAUAUUCUAGUUACUCAAGAUCUGGCAAUUCUGUUGCUCAUUUGACUCAAAAGAAAAUUCCUACCCAUUGAAAACUUUAGAGCAAUCAAUAUGCAAAUCUAAUUACAAACUCUGUAUUGUUUUGUCCUUUGCAAUGAUACAGUUGCAGUGUGUUUCAAUUUUUUUUCUCCUCUCAACAUUCUAAUACAGUUGUUGAAAACAAAAACAGGAUGUCACAUGCUAUAACUCCAGUCAACAUAAAACGUAACCAAAUUGUCAUAUUUUUUUUUUUUUUGUUCCUGAUGACAGAGGACUGGUAGAAAAGUAGGAAUAGUAUAGAUGGAUUUGUUUUAAAUGAUCUUCUGAGGCACAAUAAACUCUGUAACUUUUUUUUUGUUUUUUUUUAACUGUCUAACUGUAGUUGUGUUCCCCAUGUGAAUGUCCUAUUUAUUUGCCCCGCUAUAAUACUGUUGCAACCACUUGCCAUAUGUUGGGGUUUGCAUGUUGUAUUGUACAGACGUCACGCAAGGCAGUGAGUAAUGCGAUCUGAAGAUGUUUAGUCCUUAUAAACUCAAUUUAUAUUAGUGGAGAGAACAAUAAAUUAAGGUCCUUUAAUCCUUUUUAUUUAUUGUGAUUUAUAUGCCCUGCUUCAUACUGUCUUAUUGUGUAUUCCAAUCUGAUUUUUUAAGUGGAAGAAAACUUUCAAGGUAAAUAUAAAUAUUUUUACCUUGUCAUCUCAGUGCAGGUUACUCGUUUUCUUGGCACUAUAGUGCCCUGAGGGUACCCCCAUCCUCAGGGUACCCCUCCCGCUGGGCUCUAGAGGGAGGAAGGGGUUGAACUUACCUCUUUCUCCAGCGCCGGGCGGGGGAACUCUCCUCGGCUGAAUGCGCAUGCGCGGCAGGAGCCGCGCGCACGCAUUCAGCCAGUCCAUAGGAAAGCAUUGAGAAUGCUUUCCUAUGGACGCUGGCGUCUUCUCACUGUGAAAAUCACAGUGAGAAGCGCGGAAGCGCCUCUAGCGACUAUCAAUAAGACAGCCACUAGAGGCUGGAAUAACCCUAUUAUAAACAUAGCAGUUUCUCUGAAACUACUAUGUUUAUAGCAAAAAGGGUUAAACCUAGCUGGACCUAGCACCCAGACCACUUCAUUAAGCUGAAGUGGUCUGGGUGCCUAUAGUGGUUCUUUAAUGAAGCAGUUUUAGUGUAUAGAUCAUGCCUCUCAGGUUUCACUGCUCAAUUCACUGCCAUUUAGGAGUUAAAUCGCUUUGUUUCUGUUUAUGCAAUUCUUGACACACCUUCCCUUAACCCUGAAUGACACACCUGCACAAAAAAAACCUGGUUUCAUUUUCAAUCAGAUGUAAUUUAUCUUAAACAAUUUUAUCUCUUGCUCUGUAAAUUGAACUUUUAAUCACAUACAGGAGGCUCUUGCAGGGUCUAGCGAGCUAUUAACAUAGCAGGGGAUAAGAAAAUCUAAGUUAAACAGAACCUGCAAUAAGGGAAGUAUAAACAUUAGAUGAGUCUUUAAAGGAAGUGUUUAGGAAAGUUGUGCAAGUCACAUGCAGGGAGGUGUGACUAGGGUUUAUAAGCAAAGUGAUUUAACUCCUAAAUGGCAGAGAAUUGAACAAGUGAGACUGCUGGGGCAUGUUCUAUACACCAAAACUGCUUCAUUAACCUAAAGUUGUUUUGGUGACUAUAGUGUCCCUUUAAAUGGUUUGGUGAUGGUGGCACCUUUGCAGCAAUCCCUCUGCACCUGGGUCUGCUUCUCCUGCAGGUGCUCAUUCAAAGUGAAUUUGAAAUUAAUAGCCCAGCUGGGAAAAAUCUCUCAUGAUUUCAGUUCCGCUACUCUGGAAUUAAAUUUGAAAUUCACUUUGAAUUCUCACUUAACUAAAUUAAAUCUUUAUACAUGCAUCUUGUGUAAGGUAGUUCUGCUCAGUUCUUUAGAGAAAUUCCUCCAUCUGUUGCUAAUUAACCCUUCUCUCUCCUUGUAGAAGUCUGUUGAUAUUUAGCAAGUGCAGAUCAUUUGAUAGAUUGCGUCCAUGAGCCGCGAUGCUGGGGAGAAAAGCUGGAAAAAAGAAUGCCCAAGUCAAAGGCCAAGGGGCAGCAGCUGCCAAGCAGGUACCAAGGAUGCCGUGAUGGAAUGUUUGGUUUAAUUCCAUGUAAUGUAUUCUGUGUAGUUUUAGAAGCCAUGGUUCUUGAAGUUUGUCAUAAUGUAUCAUGUGUGCAUUACAUUUAGAUUAAAACAAAAAAAAACAUGUAACUAGAUUGCUGAUGUAUAUGUAUGGAUGUACCAGGAUGCAAUGGACAUUCAUGACAUUACAGAAGUAGGCUAGACUGGAUGGCUGUAACAAUAUGUCAGCCAUAGUUUUUCAUAUUUUCUUUGGACAUUUACUGUCCGUGGUUGAAUCUGUCACACAUUUAGGUUUACUUGACCUCCUGUGCAUUCUUUGUCCACACAAAGCAAAUAAUGCCAUGCACAUUGUCACAAUAACUACAGUCAGGUUUCCCUAGCACUGACAGUCGUCCGUUUUCACUCACAGCCUUACAUGCCAAUACACAGGUUACAGUAUGAGUGAUCCAGUUCCAAUUUGUGGUCGGCGGUUUCACCCUUUGCAGGGGCUUUGAUUCAAUGUUGGAAAAGCCUGCGUUAGUUUAACAUUGUGUUGUAUGUUGGAUCUGUAAAAAGAUACUCUAAGCACCAAAACAACUUUAUUUAAGCCGGCUCUUUCACCUUCUGUGAAAUCUGCAUAUUUUGCUAAGACCCCAGCUGCUAUCAGCAUUCGGUGGGUCCUCUUCAGCUUCUGGUGGUUCCAGGAACCCAUGCCCGCGCAGUAUUAUCACACUGAGACCUCUCUCUAUAGCCCUGUCGUGGGUAUUGUUGGCCCGAGAGUGCGUUACCUCUAUAUAUGUUAAACCCGGCCACGCUAAAGUAUAACACUUCUCUUGUAUAAAAGUUAUAUAUUUUUGCAGCAUUUGGCCUCUGUGUGAUUUCUUGUUAUGACUAAGGUAGCUCUAAGAGUAUCAGCAUUUUAAGGUAUGGGAGGGAGGAGUUAAUUGUUUUAAGUUUUUUUUCCAGUUACUUGCCCAUCAUAAGUACAUCCCAUAGAUACUGCUACAAUAUUAAGGGAAAAAAUUAUUUAUGAUAAGUAAAAUUGCAGCACUAAGUCUACCUUCAGGGGCUGUCUAUGAGACAGCCACUGGAGACGCUUCCUGGAUCCUAACAGAUUUUUGGUCCAGUACCUAAUGCUGGACAACCUCACGCUCUGCAUGAGAACAUCCAGAGUCUUCUAUUUCCCCAUAGGAAAGCGUUGAUUCAAUGCUUUCCUAUGUGGAGGGCCUAAUGCGCUUGUGGGGCAUCGGUCCUGGGAUCAGGUAAGUAAAUAAGAUAAGUAAGUACGUUUUUUUUUUUUUUUUAUUUUAUCGCUGUUUGCUGAGCAUGAGGGAGGGGGAGGUAGAGGGAGCUAUAGUGCUAGGAAUACAAUUUUGUAUCCCUUUAAUCACACAGAGGAGGCCAGGAGAUAAGACAUUCUACAAACUGCAAUAACGGAUACACUUUUUUUUGUUUGGUUUUUUUUCACCCAAAGAAAUGUAGAGAGGCUGUGUGACUAGGACUGCAUAAACAAAGGGAUUUAAUUCCUACAUGGCAGGCAAUUGAGCAGUGAGACUUCAUUAAGCUAAAGUUGCUUUGGUGCUUAGUGUCCCUUUAAACUUGGAUAUGUGCUGUGCUAAUAUCAUUUAUCCCACGAAUGCACAGAGAAUAUCCAAUUUGUUCGUUGUGGUGUGAAAACUUUUCAUAUUAUCUUUACAAGGGAUUGACCACAGGCGCACCCACUUCUUCAGUGCUGCUGAGUACUAUUCCUAAUCUCCAUCUUGAUGUCACCGCUUCUCUGUUUUGGUUCCCAGAUGGGGCUCUUUGUAGAUUUCAAUCCUGAUGACAUGAUGAUGAUGGGAAUCCCCGAUGACGCAGAUGAUGCCGACUUGGAGGCAGAGCUGGCAGCACUGACUGGGGCAGAGGCCGUUUCAAAACCAAAGUCCAAAGGGAAAGGUGAGCAUCAACAAUCAAGUCCUUUAGACGGCAGAUUAGUAUCAAACAGCCAAUAUUUGUUAAACAGUAUAAUAAACGUCGAAUCCCAUGGAUUCAGAUGAGUGUUCUGUGUUUAGCCUUCAUUUGACAAGGCUACGUACUUUGCCCAGGUCAUUAGGAAAAAAACAUAUAUGUUGACCAUAAGUAAGAAAAUUAAUAUUAAAUCCUAAGAAUGGUGGGAAGCAGAGUGACUCUGGAGGCUGAUUUUAGUCAGUCUUUUUAUUUAUUUAUUUAUUUAAACAAGACAGGAGACCAACUUGGAGUAUACCGUGAUACAGCGCAACUAGUAACCCCUUUUAGGGUUGCUUAUCCCAUGAAGAAACAAAGCACAUUAUGUGAUACUGCAUGAAAUCCUGUGAUACAAUAUAUCAUCUUCCUGAGUAUGAGGCAGGGGUUGCUGAUCUCUUUUACAGGAAACAAAAUAAGCUCACGUGACAGAGCAGUGAGUCAUGGCCAUGAAAUUAGAUUGCUGGGUUAUUUAAUUUCUUUUCAGUUUCAUUUGGAUUAUCUCGAUGUGAUGAAUUUCAUGUAAUUUCCCCUGACAGCUCCUCUCCCAAUGGAGCACAUUGAGAAGCUGGCCCAGGACUGCAUGAGAGACUCAGACGGGGACGAUUUGGAAGAUGAGGAUUUAGAACAAGAUGAAGAUUUGCUGGUAACACCCACAUCCUCACCCUGUAAAUUACCUAGACUUGUGAUGGCUAGUUCUUUGUGAUAUACAUUUCCCAUCAUGCUCAGAGAGACGCUUGGCUGACUGAGCAUGAUGGGGAAUACAGUACAACAAACUUUUGUGGUGCAAAGUAUAGCCAUCCCAGACUUAGUGUUGUCUGAAUGUUCUACACCCUGUUCCAAAUUAUGCAAAUUCUAUUUAAGUGUCACAAAGAUUAAAUAUUUUGUUUUUCAGUUUAACUCAUGGAUGGCAUUGUCUCUCAGGGCUCUUUUGAUCACUGAAAACAAUCUCAGACACCUGUGAUAAUUAGAUUGCCAGGUGAGCCCAAUUUAAGGAAAAACUACUAAAGGAGGGUUUUCCACAUUAUUAAGCAGAGCAACGUUUUCAUGCAAUAUGGGGAAGAAAAAGGACCCCUCUGCUGCCGAAAAGAGUGAAAUACCCUUCUGAAAAAAAUAAAGGGAACACAAAAGUAACACAUCCUAGAUUUGAAUUAUUAAAUAUUCUUCUGAAAUACUUUGUUCUUUACAUAGUUGAAUGUGCUGACAACAAAAUCACACAAAAAAUAGAAAUCAAAUUUUUCAACUCAUGGAGGUCUGGAUUUGGAGUCACACUCAAAAUUAAAGUGGAAAAAUACACUACAGGCUGAUCCACCUUUGAUGUAAUGUCCUUAAAACAAGUCAGAAUGAGGCUCAGUAGUGUGUGUGGCCUACACGUGCCUAUAUGACCUUCCUACAACGCCUGUGCAUGCUCCUGAUGAGGUGGCGGAUGGUCUCCUGAGGGAUCUCCUCCCAGACCUGGACUAAAGCAUCUGCCAACUCCUGGACAGUCUGUGGUGCAACAUUACGUUGGUGGAUGGAGCGAGACAUGAUGUCCCAGAUGUGCUCAAUUGGAUUGUCAGGCUACCUCUGGUGAGCACAUGGAGGACUGUGUGGCCCCCAAAGAAAUGCCACCCCACACCAUUACUGACCCACUACCAAACCAGUCAUGCUGGAGGAUGUUGCAGGCAGUAGAACGUUCUCCAUGGCGUCUCCAGACUCUGUCACGUCUGUCACAUGUGCUCAAUGUGAACCUGAUUUCAUCUGUGAAGAGCACAGGGCGCCAGUGGAGAAUUUGCCAAACUUCGUGUUCUCUGGCAAAUGCCAAACAUACAGCACGGUGUUGGGCUGCAAGCACAACCCCCACCUGUGGACGUCGGGCCCUCAUACCACCCUCAUGGAGUCUGUUUCUGACUGUUUGAGCAGACACAUGCACAUUUGUGGCCUGCUGGAGGUCAUUUUGCAGGGCUCUGGCAGUGCUCCUCCUGUUCCUCCUUGCACGAAGGCAGAGGUAGUAGUCCUGCUGCUGGGUAAUUGCCCUCCUUCGGCCUCCUCCACGUCUCCUGGUGUACUGGCCCGUCUCCUGGAAGCGCCUCCAUGCUCUUUACACUACGCUGACAGACACAGCAAACCUUCUUGCCACAGCUCGGAUUGAUGUGCCAUCCUGGAUGAGCUGCACUGAUCCACUUGUGUGGGUUGUAGACUCCGUCUCAUGCUACCACUAGAGUGAAAGCACCGGCAGCAUUCAAAAGUGACCAAAACAUCAUCCAGGAAGCAUAGGAACUGAGAAGUGGUCUGUGGUCACCACUUGCAGAACCACUCCUUUAUUGGGGGUGUCUUGAUAAUUGACUAUAAUUUCCACCUGUUGUCUAUCCCAUUUGCACAACAGCAUGUGAAAUUGAUUGUCACGCAGUGUUGCUUCCUAAGUGGACCGUUUGAUUUCACAGAAGUGUGAUUGACUUGGAGUUACAUUGUGUUGUUUAAGUGUUCCCUUUAAUUUUUUGAGCAGUAGUAAAACAUUAGAUAUUUCACGAAAACUUAAGCGUGAUCAUCGCACUAUUUAGAGAUUUGUGGCUGAUUCAGAGCACAGACGGGUUUGUGCAGAUAAAGGCACAUUGAGGAAGAUUUCUGCCAGAUCCAUGCAUCGGAUCAAGAGAGCAGCUGCUAAAAUACCAUUACAUAGCAGCAAACAGAUAUUUGAAGGAGAGGAAGUCUCCUAUUGAGAACCUUUCGAGCAUCCUCAAGCAAAAGAUCUAUGAGGGUGGGAGGCAGUUUACAUCCAAACAGCAGCUCUGGGAGGCUAUUCUGACAUCUUGCAAACAAAUUCAAGCAGAAACUGUCCAAAAACUCACAAGUUCAAUGGAUGCAAGGCUUGUGAAGCUGCUAUCAAAUAAGGGGUCCUAUGUUAAAAUGUAAAAACAAAAAAUAAUGUUAUCAUUAGGAGGUUUGUUCAAUAAAAUUUGAAUUGUACUCUUAAUAGUUGAUAACAUGAGAAUUAUGCUUACUGUUAUUUACAUCAAUUAUUUAGGUAAAUGAGAAAAAUAUCAUUUGCAUAAUUUGGAACAGGGUAUAAAGACAAUAUUGCACAGUUUUGCAUUAAAUACAUACUUUCUAAAUGGUGUGCCAUGCUAAGCUCCUAGGUACAAUGGCUCACCUCAUUAUUUGUUUUGAACCUUGUACUCUGACCUGUCUGUGGGCUGCAGGCUAACACAAUGGGAAUUCCAAACUAAGAUAGAGCUGUUAAACUAAGUUAUAGUGUGUUUAUAUUCUCAAUACAUCAAUGGCAAGAAUGGAACAUUGCCUGCUAAGCGCAGGCCCAAAGGUGCUUUUCCCAACUUCUGGAGAACUUCAGCUUCCAGACCCAAGGCAUUGUGGGAGUUGUAGAUCUGUAACAGUUGUGGAAGCCACUAUUAGGCCAUCCCUAUCUUGUAAUACUUUCUAUUUAGCUAUAUGAUGCACUGAUUGGCCGCUGUAAGCUUUUAUUGUGGUUCCUUACACAGGCUGAGCUGCAGGAAGUGGUAGGAGAAGAGAUGGAGGUGGAGAUGUUACAUCCUGUGUCCUCUUUAGCUGCACCAGACGAACCUGCCGAGCCUGUGAAGCCGCAUACCUCUCCAGUAAUGGAGCAGCAGCACGUGUCCCAGGUAGGAUUCCAGUGACUGAGGAUGUCCGGUGUUCCCUUUGCAUUCCGAAUUCUAGAUCGGGGCAGGAAGUGAUACAUUAUUUACAUUGGUAUCUAAACGUCUCACCUGCAGUUUCCUGUAUCGUGUCUGAUGACACAUAUAAUGAUUUGUUUUUCUAUUUAUUUUUUUCCCUCUUCAUUUUGGCUGGUUAAAAUCGAGAUACAAAGUUUCUAUUAGUUAUUUCUAUUUGGACAUAGGGCAAGGGUGUUAAACCAGGAACCUGUUCAGAAAAGCAGAUUGCUAACCAACUAUUAUGUGCAGCCUGGGGUAAAGGAGGUGACAUUGUAUUAUUAUUAUUAUUAUUAUUAUUUAUUAUAUAAAUGGAAUAUUCAGUACAUCAUUGCAGAGCCUAAGUUCAUUUUAUUUGGAAAUUAUGUUUACUUAUAACUUUAUUAAAGUAAAUAACAAAUAUGUAUACUGUUAAAACCAAACAGAAGUUUAUUCAUUAAACAUCAUUGUAGUGAAUUGAAAACCUGAUUACAAAACUUAGUCAAAAAUAGCUGAUUUGGGGAAAAAAAAUCUCCAUUACCUUUACAGUCACAGCUUGGUUAAUUUAGUGUAAAUUUUGAUAUCUGGUCUUUUGGUUUUCACUACAAUUUUCCAUUUUAGUAAAUAAACAUAACUGUUUUUGUUGAAUGUCUUGAAGGUUUUAGAUGCUUGCAUUUUGCAUAUGUUGUCAUGGUUUGUGUCUCUGGAACAAAGUGUUUGUUAUGCAAGUUGCUGUUUUGUUUCCCUAUCAUCACACCCCUCCUACUAGUGAAACACAGUAUCUAUUAAAUAACAUUUAUAUUGGCAUCAUGCAAGCAUAUCUGGAUGUUUUACAAAGUGUUCUAUCAUUUUAUUGUGCACUUGAGUUUGCUAAAGUGGUUAUGGUGCAUUGACCCGGUACCUGCACUCUUAAUUUUAGACGUUUAUCUUCAGUGACUAUAUAAGCUUUGAUUUGGAGCAUGUAGCCCCUCUUUCUCAUCCGACGACUGCGCAAUUUUUCUUCCUGAUUAAGAUGAUCACUUUUUGUCCAACUUUUGUGCAUGUAAAUGUGUUAUUGGUUAGAAGAUCUGUACUGGUGUUUGAAAGGGCUGAAUUCCUGUUAAAAAUGAUUCAGAGCUUAAAGGGUUAAAGUUUGUUUCUAACUGUUCUCUCCUGAAAAAAUGUAAACUGUAGUAUUUUUGUUACAUUUACUUUGCUCCCUGAAACGGCAGUUUCAGUAGUUGUAGUUCACUGCGGGCAGUUUGUGCACCACUCCCUACAGUGUCAUACAGAGCCCCCUCUGUUCUCUUGCUUUUCUUCGUCUCUGAGUCUAAUUUUCCGGUGCUUUUUAUUUUUUUUAUUUUCCUUCCCAUUUGUGCACUAACCUAGCCCUCUAUAAAGGAGAAGUCACCAUGCGACAAGCUCAUUAGGACCUGGAAUUAAAUUCCUAUAGAGCUGGCUGGGUAAUAAUCUUGGGAUUUGCCGAAUUUUCAGCUGGACUAUAUUAAACUGCUUAAUUGCCGUGAUAGAAUAGUCCUAGAGAUCAUGCAUCCACUUAACAAGGUACUUUGACUUUGCACUUUGUUUUUAAAUGCCAAAUAUUAUAUUGUUUAAAUGCCAACAUUUGGUGGUUCUACAACUGCUGGGUGAGAAUCAGGACAAAGUGAUAUGACCGAUUCUUACCUUAAUAAAGAUAUUGGGCACCACUCCCAGUACUCGUACUUUGUUACUCACAGUGCCGUAAUCUAUACAGAGUUUUAUUUCUUUUAUGUUAAGGUUGGUGGUCAUGUGUGCCGUUUGUGGUAGAGAGGGGGUACUGAAACUGUUAAAGGACUGGCAUACCUGCACCAUUCCUGUUCCAUAAAGUCUGCUUUUUAAACGGCUUCUGUUUAACUUAGUGGGAACAGUGCUGGUGUGAGGAUGGGAUGCAUGCUUGUACUUGUACAGUAUUCUCACAUCAAAAAAUCGCUAAAAACCCACUUCUUCAUAAAAGCGUAUCAAUUAAACUGUUAAUAGCUCCUGACUGAUUCCUCUUCUGCAACUGUCACUAGUCUAAUACUAUCCUUACCUUUUUGUGUCACUUUACCCCACUCCCUCUAACAUGUAAACUCACUGAGCAGGGCCCUCAACCCCUCUGUUCCUGUGUGUCCAACUUGUCUGGUUACAACUACAUGUCUGUUUGUCCACCCAUUGUAAAGCGCUGCGGAAUUUGAUGGCGCUAUAUAAAAAUAACAUAAUAAUAAUAAUAAUUAAACGUCUUCCUCUUGAAUUGAUAAUUGAAAGUGCAGAUUUCAUCCUUCUAUGUAUCGAUAUUUCCUGCAGUGUCUUGCCUAAUCUGUUAUAGAAUAAACCCCUUUGGGGAUAUAUAUAUUUAGAGAUGUGCCUUGGCAACAUUCAGGUGUCAAAUUACCCAGACUGCGGACUGUUGACAAGGAAAUUAAAUAGGAAAAAAGUACAGUAGUGGAAAAGUACAUAACUCGGAGCAGCCCAUUUCGAGACCUGAUCUGUGUCCCUCCAGCGACAGGGACUGAACUGAACUGCCUAACAUACACCAAGGUGGAACAUCGUAAAAACAAGUUUAACAAUUGUACUGCUUCAGUAAGAACCCUGCGGAAGGCUGUGUGCAGUGAGAUUUGGAGUAAAAUACCAUAAAUAUUGGAAGAACAGGAGGAAGUAGAAUUUGUGUUAAGUGCUGAAAAGUUAUCUCACUGGGAAGAGAGAAAAAAUAGUAAAAGAGUAAAUGUAAAAGAUGGAUAUAUAUUUACUUCCUUAUUUGUGGUUUAUUUUUGUAUAUAUUUUUUUAAUAUUCAUGAAAUGCGAGAGUUUGUGGCAUUUUGUGCACAAUUAAAAACUCCCUUAUGAUUCCCAGCACACGGCUUAUAUCAGUGUGUGCAAGGGAUUCAUGGUAAAUUAAUAUCAUAGGGCAUCUCAGGGUAGAUGGCACUGCCAAUUGCCAGGAGAAGCUGAAGUGCUGCAGUGGUUAGUUGGUGAGGGGGAGUUGUAAUGUGAACAAUGGAGUAAGUUCUUAAAAUUUAGCUUUGGCAUUUGCCUUCGUUGAAAGAUUAGGCUGCUGUCCAUUUCAUGAUAACAUUUUACAAAAAUAUUAGACUUGUGUCUAACCAUUAGAGGUACCUGUCAAUUCAACAAUGACUUGUCCAUUCUGAGAUCUAUAUCCAUUUCACAUAUUGUGUAAGAAAACCUUUAUUAAUGUACUCAUUUAUGACUUGUUUUGGUUUGUUUCCGGUUGCAGGGGACAGGAGGGGGGCUUCUGCAAACGUUAGAGGAGAGGAUCUCUAACUACAAGACUGCUAUCAGCAACGCCAAACUGGCCAAGGAGAAUACCAAAGCCAGGCGCUACGAGAGAGGCCUGAAGGUUAGUAUGGAAUUCCAUAUAUUCUGUAUAUUACAGCUAUUUAUUGUAGUUAAUGUUUGAAAUAUAUCACUCUGUGACAGUUACUGAUGAAUAAAAUAACCUGCAUAGAGCAUUUGAUAUCUGCCAUUUGCGGAGUGCCUCCUAGUUAAUACUGUGCCCAACAGAAGCAAAGACUAAGUGGCAUUUUAUAAAGGGAAACGCAAAGCAGUGAUCAUGGUGCAGUUUAAUGAAAGCAUAUGGGGGGGGGCUGCACUCAAAGCUCAGUGGAACUAUAACCUCUGCAAUAAGUCGUUAAAGCUGCGAUGCUUGCAGUGUCCCUUUAACUCAUUUUAAACCAUGUUUUUAUAGGUUUAUAGUGCUUCUUUAUUGUGUAUAUAAAAGGUGUGAUGACACGGUUUACUUGUAACAGACAACAGGGGUUUUGUGUAAAGAGCAUCAGGGAAACGUUUUAAGUGUGUAGCGACUGACCGGACCAAUCUGUUGGUUUCCAUAGCGAUUACUCAGCCAGCAUGUUGGCCCAGAAUUGACUAUAAUACAAAAUCCCCAAAUGGCCUUUAAUUAGAAAAGUGAAAACUGGAGCAAUCACCUUGGGAACCAAAGAAUCUAUAUUUAGAAUUUUGCCCCAGAAAUGCUCCAGCCUUGACUUUCCUCACGCGCGAGAAGUGGUUAUCUCCUUUCGGAUUGCUGGAACACACCCCGUGCGCUAACAGGGCAAGGAUCACUGUUAUUUGUUUUACCCAGUAUAGUCCUAUGGGGAUUUAGCAUAUAAACAUAAGUAUUUGUUUUAGGAUUUGCCUAUUGAGAAACUGUACAAAUAACCCGAGUCAGACCAGCUGUUUGAUAAUGUGUAUCAAUCGCUUUGCAUGUGCUGUCAUAUUAAAAAUAAAUAAAAAGGAAAUAACCAAGUUAGAUUGUGUUUCUAUCACGUGUACAUCUCAAGGGAUAGUAGUUACAGAAGAGAUUUCUAACCUCCCGUACUUGGAACAGCCUUCCAGUAAGGGUUACAGAGACUUGGCAUUGUAAGGCUUCCCGAAAUUACCUUUUUGUAGACGGUGAGGAUUUCAGAAGUCUGUGAGAAGGUUUGAUAAUACAGCGAUGCUGUAGAUCUUCUAUUUUUAUAUCACUAAGUGAUGUAGGAGAGAGAAAGCGGUUCUUGGCUAUCACUUUUCCCUCUGCUCGUGGAUCCCAUGUUUAUUUAACUCGUUUGUUAGUGUUCCACUGAUGUGUUUCAGCCUGGCCUUACUGGAUGAAAUGGGCUGAGUAAUUUGUGUUUCUUUCAUUUGCAGACUCUUGAGUCCAUGCUGGCAUCGGUGAGACAGGGCCGGGCUGUGAACGAGGAAGAGAUUCCUCCCCUGGUGUCUACAGGGAAAACUGCAGACAGCUCGCAGGCUGAGCCUCCUGAGAGUAUCGCUCCGCAAGAACAGUUAGUGGACCUGAGCAUUUCCUCUAUGGAAAACACAGAGAUUAGUGCAAGUCAAGGGCCAACCGGAGGCAUGGUGGCUGAAGUUGGAACAAGCGAUGGUCAGGCUUCUACCCCCGCUGACAUGGGUACGAAAUCUAAUAAACAGGAAAUUCUCAAUUAAUUGACUUCCAAACAUAUAUCCCUUUUUCUUUUUUUGUUGUUGUUGUUGCUGUGAUGACAAUUCAAUAACUAACAUAAAAAAGGAAUCGAGUUUAACCCUACUGUAACAAUGACAUAUCAAUGGAUUAUAUUUUAUGUAGUUUUGGAAAUGUUUGUGCUGUGUGUGUGUGUGUAUGUGUGUGUGUGUGUGUGUGUGUUAGAGUUCUUUGUUUACACCUUAAAAUGUACUUCCUAAAGGUAUGUAGGCAGUGCCACACACUGGCCAGGCAGCUGAGAUUGCCUUUUGCCAAACUUGGGAUCAUUCAGUAAAUUUGGUUUCAAAUUAUUUCUUGGCUAUAAAAUGGCCAUAGAGAUUUGUGAUCGGAGAGUGAUUGCUAGAAUUAGAGUAUAUCUGUCUGGAAAGCUCUUUGAAAUGAAUUGCCUACAUAGUCAGUCACGUUGUACAACUCUGACUGUGAAAUAGUUCAGAUCCAAACUAAUUUUGCCUGCUGGGUUUUGUUAUAUAAAUCAAUGAUGAGGUUACUGCUUGUACAUAUGUAUUGUGUGAAACACAAUCCUUCAUUUGUAGUAGUAGGGUGAAACUAUGGGCUUGCGGAAAAAAAACCUUGAAACGAUGAAAGAAUUCAAGGAUUCAUUUGGAGAACAGACAUAGAAUGGGGCAAGAAGUGGGAGUACACACAGUGGCCAUUGUGUGGGUUUGGGGUCAGAUUGUUUAAGGAAGAAUUGACUUCAACAUAACAGAUCUUGGCUGAUCACAGAAUGGCAUGUUUAGUGCGGACAGCAUUCUGCUCUUUACAUUACAAUAGGGGGCAGUUGGAUUAAUGGUUGUUGGAAAUCUGAAAUGUGCUGUGAUGGACCGGGAGAGAAAAAUGCUGGGUUACAUCUUUAGACAUGGGACUAGUUGACAUGGACGCACAUUUAAGGCCAGGUUAAAGAGCUGCUACACCAAUUGGGGUAUUUUAAUGCACUAUUCUACUCGCUUAGAAAAUCUUUAAAUUUGUAGGCACGUCCGUAUCCAGUAAUAAGUUACUUAGUAUGACUAAUUUAUACAUGUGUGUUUGUAUAUAUAAAUAUAUUUAUAGAGCGAGAGUUAAAGCCAGCCUAAGUUUCUAUAGCUGUGAUUGAAUGAUGUAAUGUUAUUUAUUAAGGGCAGUGUCAGGUCUUACUAUGGAACCCAAAGAAAUAUAUCUGCUUCCUCCAUUAUAUUUAUAAACUUUCUCAGCUAUGGAUGUUUUGGUAACCCCUUUGUUCCAUCACAGUGGUAAACGUCACAUGCAAUACAUACAUUUUAUAUUUACUUUAUAACUCAAACUCAUCGAUUACCAAAAAUAAUCUAAAUAAAAUCUGAUGUUUGACUCCUAUAUUUGUGUAGACUCGAGAACUCUGCUGCUUACAAGACAAGGAGAGUAUAAAGUAGCUGCUUUGAAAGCCAAGCAGAGCGGGGACGUGGAAAAGGCAAAGGAAUACAUGAAAAUUAGCAAGGUAACGAGUGCAGAAUGAGAGGAGUAAAUGCUGGCACAGCAUUCUAAAUAUGGAGCAGUAACCAUGGAAACCAAUGAUAUAUUUAUGUGCGCACUUAGAGCAUUGUCACACGCACACACCAAAGCCUGUGUAAGGAUAGGGGCUUAUUCAGUGAGUUGUUUCAUAAAAAUAUGUGAAAAUUGUGGGCCAAAAUAGCCCAACUGUGAGUUCUGAGUUGCAGAAUUUUAAUUUUUAUUUGACUUUAUUUCAAUGUGAGAUCAAACAAUGGUAACCAGUGAAAAUAACGACACAGUCUGACGAUCAUUUUGUAUGAUACACCUACACUGACUUUAUAGUAUCCUUGACGUGUUCGGCAUUCUAUACGCUGAUUCCCAGCUCUGAAGAAUCCACCCCUUGCAAUGCAAAGGCAAAAUAUUCUCCUGUAGACAGCAACUAUACCUAAACACACUGGCACUGCAUGGUAGUUUUUUGUUCUUUUUUUUUUUUCUUCAUAGAAGAUGCAUUUCUAAGGGCAGAGAUUUGGAGUAUGCGUGUUUUGAUAUUACAUUUUGAUUUGGGAUAGGGCGCCAUUUGGAGUUUGCGUGUUUUGAUUUGGGAUAGGGCGUCACUUGGAGUAUGCGUGUUUUGAUUUGGGAUAGGGCGUCACUUGGAGUAUGUGUGUUUUGAUUUGGGAUAGGGCGUCACUUGGAGUAUGCGUGUUUUGAUAUUCCGUUUUGAUUUGGCAUAGGGCGUCACUUGGAGUUUGCGUGUUUUGAUUUGGGAUAGGGCGUCACUUGGAGUUUGCGUGUUUUGAUAUUCCGUUUUGAUUUGGCAUAGGGCACCACUUGGAGUUUGCGUGUUUUGAUAUUCCGUUUUGAUUUGGCAUAGGGCACCACUUGGAGUUUGCGUGUUUUGAUAUUCCGUUUUGAUUUGGCAUAGGGCGCCACUUGGAGUUUGCGUGUUUUGAUAUUCCGUUUUGAUUUGGCAUAGGGCACCACUUGGAGUUUGCGUGUUUUGAUAUUACGUUUUUACUUGGGAUAGGGCGUCACUUGGAGUAUGUGUGUUUUGGUUUGGGAUAGGGCGCCAUUUGGAGUUUGCGUGUUUUAAUUUGGGAUAGGGCGUCACCUGGAGUUUGCCUGUUUUUAUUUGGGAUAGGGCGUCACCUGGAGUUUGCGUGUUUUGAUUUGGGAUAGGGCGUCACUUGGAGUUUGCGUGUUUUGAUAUUCCGUUUGAUUUGGGAUAGGACGUCACUUGGAGUAUGUGUGUUUUGAUUUGGGAUAGGGCGUCACUUGGAGUAUGCGUGUUUUGAUAUUACGUUUUGACUUGGGAUAGGGCAUCACUUGGAGUAUGGCUGUUUUGAUAUUACGUUUUGACUUGGGAUAGGGCGUCACUUGGAGUAUGUGUGUUUUGAUUUGGGAUAGGGCGUCACCUGGAGUUUGCGUGUUUUGAUUUGGGAUAGGACGUCACUUGGAGUAUGGCUGUUUUGAUAUUACGUUUUGACUUGGGAUAGGGCGUCACUUGGAGUAUGUGUGUUUUGAUUUGGGAUAGGGCGUCACCUGGAGUUUGCGUGUUUUGAUUUGGGAUAGGACGUCACUUGGAGUAUGGCUGUUUUGAUAUUACGUUUUGACUUGGGAUAGGGCGUCACUUGGAGUAUGUGUGUUUUGAUUUAGGGGAGUAUGCGUGUUUUGAUUUGGGAUAGGGCGUCACCUGGAGUUUAUGCGGUUUUGAUUUGGGAUAGGGCCACCUGGAGUUCGGUUUUGAUUUGGGAUAGGACGCCACUUGAGUAGCGUGUGAUAUUCCGCUUUGAUUUGGCAUAGGGCCACUUGGAGUUUGCGUUUUGAUUUGGGAUAGGGCGCCACUUGGAGUUUGCGUGUUUUGAUAUUCCGCUUGAUUUGGCAUAGGGCACCACUUGGAGUUUGCGUGUUUUGAUAUUCCGCUUUGAUUUGGCAUAGGGCACCACUUGGAGUUUGCGUGUUUUGAUAUUCCGUUUUGAUUUGGCAUAGCACCACUUGGAGUUUGCGUGUUUUGAUAUUACGUUUUUACUUGGGAUAGGGCGUCACUUGGAGUAUGUGUGUUUUGGUUUGGGAUAGGGCGCCAUUUGGAGUUUGCGUGUUUUAAUUUGGGAUAGGGCGUCACCUGGAGUUUGCCUGUUUUUAUUUGGGAUAGGGCGUCACCUGGAGUUUGCGUGUUUUGAUUUGGGAUAGGGCGUCACUUGGAGUUUGCGUGUUUUGAUAUUCCGUUUGAUUUGGGAUAGGACGUCACUUGGAGUAUGUGUGUUUUGAUUUGGGAUAGGGCGUCACUUGGAGUAUGCGUGUUUUGAUAUUACGUUUUGACUUGGGAUAGGGCAUCACUUGGAGUAUGGCUGUUUUGAUAUUACGUUUUGACUUGGGAUAGGGCGUCACUUGGAGUAUGUGUGUUUUGAUUUGGGAUAGGGCGUCACCUGGAGUUUGCGUGUUUUGAUUUGGGAUAGGACGUCACUUGGAGUAUGCGUGUUUUGAUAUUCCGUUUUGAUUUGGGAUAGGGCAUCACUUGGAGUAUGGCUGUUUUAAUAUUACGUUUUGACUUGGGAUAGGGCGUCACCUGGAGUUUGCGUGUUUUGAUUUGGGAUAGGGCGUCACCUGGAGUUUGCGUGUUUUGAUUUGGGAUAGGGCGUCACUUGGAGUAUGCGUGUUUUGAUUUGGGAUAGGGCGUCACUUGGAGUAUGCGUGUUUUGAUAUUCCGUUUUGAUUUGGGAUAGGGCGUCACUUGGAGUAUGCGUGUUUUGAUUUGGGAUAGGGCGUCACUUGGAGUAUGCGUGUUUUGAUAUUACGUUUUGACUUGGGAUAGGGCGUCACUUGGAGUAUGUGUGUUUUGAUUUGGGAUAGGGCGUCACCUGGAGUUUGCGUGUUUUUAUUUGGGAUAGGGCGCCACUUGGAGUUUGCGUGUUUUGAUUUGGGAUAGGGCGUCACUUGGAGUAUGCGUGUUUUGAUAUUCCGUUUUGAUUUGGGAUAGGGCAUCACUUGGAGUAUGGCUGUUUUAAUAUUACGGUUUGACUUGGGAUAGGACGUCACUUGGAGUUUGCGUGUUUUUAUUUGGGAUAGGGCGUCACUUGGAGUAUGCGUGUUUUGAUAUUCCGUUUUGAUUUGGGAUAGGGCGUCACCUGGAGUUUGUGUGUUUUUAUUUGGGAUAGGGCGUCACUUGGAGUAUGCGUGUUUUGAUUUGGGAUAGGGCGUCACUUGGAGUAUGCGUGUUUUGAUUUGGGAUAGGGCGUCACUUGGAGUAUGCGUGUUUUGAUUUGGGAUAGGGUGUCACUUGGAGUAUGCGUGUUUUGAUUUGGGAUAGGGCGUCACUUGGAGUAUGCGUGUUUUGAUUUGGGAUAGGGCGUCACUUGGAGUAUGCGUGUUUUGAUAUUGCGUUUUGAUUUGGGAUAGGGCGUCACUUGGAGUAUGCGUGUUUUGAUUUGGGAUAGGGCGUCACUUGGAGUAUGCGUGUUUUGAUAUUACGUUUUGAUUUGGGAUAGGGAGUCACUUGGAGUUUGCGUGUUUUGAUAUUCCGUUUUGAUUUGGGAUAGGGAGUCACUUGGAGUAUGCGUGUUUUGAUAUUACGUUUUGAUUUGGGAUAGGGCGUCACUUGGAGUAUGCGUGUUUUGAUAUUACGUUUUGAUUUGGGAUAGGGAGUCACUUGGAGUUUGCGUGUUUUGAUAUUCCGUUUUGAUUUGGGAUAGGGAGUCACUUGGAGUAUGCGUGUUUUGAUAUUACGUUUUGAUUUGGGAUAGGGAGUCACUUGGAGUUUGCGUGUUUUGAUAUUCCGUUUUGAUUUGGGAUAGGGAGUCACUUGGAGUAUGCGUGUUUUGAUAUUACAUUUUGCUUUUUAUAGAAAUUCAGCGCUGUGAUGGAAGCUCUGGAAAGUGGGCAACCUGUGGAUCUUAGCAAUAUGCCACCAGCGCCAGAAGGUAAGGUUAACAUUUUUGGUUGUUGGGGCACAGCUUUGGUGUGACAUUGACCAGACUAAUUGGGUUUUAUCUGCAGAGCAUGAUGUAAAGGUGUCUGUGCCGGUACCUGACGAUCCCAACCCCACAAGCACUCAGGGUAAGACACAACAACUCUGUUUAAAAAUGGUUGAUUAUCUCCAUUGGUGAUCCCAGGGAGAGAUGUGUAGGUUGAGUCCAUUAAUGAUAAUAUUUAGUGGGUAAUGUCUCCUGAUCUAAGCAGUGGAUUUGUUUAAUAAUUGACUAAGGAUUAUGGUGCAGGAACUAGCAAUGGGCCUCCCAGAUCCUGCAAGCCGUGGCUCCAGAAAUAUUACUUUAGGCUGUAAUUUCAGCAUUUUUACUAUAGAUAGACUGACUGCUUAGCCUACUGAGGAAAGACUUGCAAGGCACUUAAAGUUCACUGUGGCCCCAGCUGUUGCUACAGUUCAGAUGUUUCUGAAGAACCAUUUUUUUUAUUCUUGUGCCGUAGGAACUCCUGCGGUGUUACAGGCUCUGCAGCAAAGGAUGGAAAAAUACAAGUCUGCAGCGCAGCAAGCAAAGUCUGCUGGGGAUGACAGGAAGGCCAGGAUGCACGAGAGAAUUGCCAAGGUGAGGAAUCAUAAAAGAACAACAUUCAGGAAAAGUGACCUAGUGAGCAUAUAAAAGACAGGUGGGAGGUAGACAUUACUCCAGACACUAUUGGCUCUGGUUGUAAAGCCACAGCUUAUAUAAUGGGUUUUGCUGAGCAGGUAGGUAGGUUACGCUAGGAGGUAGGUAGUUGACUCUAAUGGCAUUUUGCUCGAAAGUCUGUAGCAGCUUGCCACUCACUCUGUAACCAGCGAUUGCCAACAUUCGUCGGUAAUCCUCCACUUGGCAUAGUUUAAUAGUUUGUAAAGUGGAUUUGUCACAGCCCCUAUUUUAUUUUAUCUUGUAGAUAUUUAAUUAGAUUCAAUCAAAAUUCUGUAUUUUUUUACCUUUUUGGACAUCACUUUUCAAGAUUCCCAUUAUUCUACACGGAUAAGCAAAGACAGGGGACUUUCCAUCCAUGCUGUGUAGGCUCAUAUAAAUUUAACUCCAAAUCAACACGGUAUCAUAGGUGUUCUAGUUCUGCAACAGCUAGGCAGAGUACCUUUUGGUCACCCGUCAUUUAGAUUAGCGUGAUUGGUCUGACGGCUGAUUCUUAUUGUGUUUUGUUAAGGCCGGGUGUGACAGAAUGUCCAGUCAACUAAUCCUCCGAUAUUCUUUGUCUUUAGCAAUACCAAGAUGCUAUUCGUGCUCACAAGGCAGGGAGACAAACCAAUCUGGCCGAACUCCCAGUUCCUCCCGGUAGGUUUAUAUUAUUUUAAUUAUAAAAUCUAGUCUGUACUUCUUAGACCAUGCAAAACUCCUAAUGUUAUGCAGGUAAGACAUGGCGUCUCUUUAUAAAGUACAGGAUUCUAUAUAUUGUUUUUUCCAUUUUAUAAAUAAUAAUUUAGAUACCUUUUUAAAGGCCCACCAGCUUAAACCUAUUUAUUACAGAGAUGAUCCUUUUGAGGCUCCUGCAUUUGUUUUACAGUGCUUAUUCCACAAUCACUCAAAAUGUGCCCAGAUUUUCUUUCUUCCUCGGCCCAUAUCUGAUGAUAUUAAUUGAUUUAUAUUUUAUUGAUGAAGAUUAAAUAUUUAAGAGGACAGCCACAUCAGAUUUAUGAGAGUCUCUUAUAGAACAUGGUUCUAAGAAUCAUGUUUAAUCUUUUAUUUUUAUCUUUCAAUGUGUGGUUGUUGAUUACAGGAUUCCCUCCACUCCCCGGAUUGGAAGACAACGCUGGUGAAAUGAGCGUGGAGAGUGCGCUGGAAACUGCCCAAAAACUUGCAAAUGCAGACGUGGAUGAAGGCGAGGAGGUUGAUAAGUAUUUUGUAUUUCAAUCUUGACAUCUAAAGUAUAGUAUCUACUAUCUUCAGACCGUUGAAAUCUAUGGAGUUUGUCUGCAGUGUUUUUGCAAUAUAAUUAUUUAGGGGUUGGCAUUCUAUUUAGAUUGAAAGAUAGUUUAAAGAUUAUUAAUUAAUCAGUCCUGGUGCUGUGUUCUAAAACUGUGAAAAUCAGUAGGAACAUUCCAUGGGGGUUUCAGUAGUGAUUGCCCCAGAAUUGUUCUUUAGAGAAGCAGAUCCUUAUUUCUACAAGCGUACAAUUUGCUCUUAUGGUGUCUGGCCAAAGAUUACCAGAGAUUCAGGUGUAGUUGCUAUCUAUAGGAGAAACUGUUGCCUUUGCAUUGCAAGGGGUGGAUUCUUCAGAGGUGGGAAUCACCGUAUAGAAUGCCGAACACGUGAAGGGUACUAUAAAGUCAGUGUAGGUGUAACAUACAUACAUAGAUUAGAAAAGGUCAGGGUGCGUCCUAGGUGUGUUUUUCCAGCUGGUGAAGGGAACGAAAUGCACAAAAAUAUCGAAUUCCUUAUCUGUGCGAGUUCCUUCUGAGCACCAUGUCUGGGUAUUCCAUUCUAGUAAUGCUAUGCAACAAAAACCAAUAUCUCAUACAAUGCUUUGUAAAUGUAAAUCUCGAUAACUUUGGUAAUAUUUCGAUUUAGCGCCGUUUCCUAUUGAUUCAUAAUGCAGGAUCCUGAACUAGAACUUUAACAAAAGGAUUUCAGUGUUUCUUCAACUUUCUAGUAUUUUGCAUGUUAACAUAUUAAGCAGGUUGGAAAGCAAGAUGUCUUUCUGAUUUUUAGUCAUUACGCUUUGUUGGCUCUUUCAUGAGAUCUAUACAUUACCUAUUUGGAGAUCCUAAAACUGGUAUUCGAAAUUAAUCUUACUUCUAAAAUGUCCAUUUUCCUAAUAUUGACUGCCUUGAUUAAUGAGACACUGUGUAUCUGCCGUGCUAAUUUUGUGUAUGUUGUAUAGUAACAUUAUUAAUUUCCAUAUAUUGUAAUAACAUUUACAGAAAAAGAACAACUUUAGAAUAUGUUGGUUAUUUUACAGAAGUAGUCUUUCAGAUGUUUCAGAGUAGUUCGAUAGUGACACUUUUAAAAAAAUAAAAUGUUUUUUUUCUUUUUAAGGAUGACCAGCCAGAGAAGCCUCCUGUUCCCAAAAAACCCACCCAAAUAGUGAAACCGCUAUCUCCUACCGUGCCACACAUUGAAGAGACCUCUGCUAAUGCCAAAUCUGAAAUAAGCAUUGAAAAUACCAAACCUGUGGAGCAUCUAUCUUCUGAGGGUAAUUCUGAAGUCUCAUGACCAAAUGUUCCAUGUGUUCUCAGAUGUUUCUGGGUCCAUGGCCCUCACUAACCAUGAGGUCUCUGCUUUAUCAGGACGAGAUCAGCUGGAGUUCCUUGAGAACCGGAGGAAACAGUACAGGAGAGCCGCUCUUCAAGCCAAGCAACGGAAUGACCUGGAACAGGCCAAACAGCACAUGAGAGUGGCUCAUACCCUUCAAGUGUCCAUCGACCAAGUGAGGAGCGGAAAGCUGGUGGACAUUUCCAAGGUGAGAAGGUUGAUUACAAAGCAGGCAAAUUACAAACUACUAGGCAAAUUUGGUAAAGGGUCUAUUUAGUCACUUUAGCUUAAUGAAGCAGUUUUCGUGUAUAGAUCAUACCCAUGCACUUCUACUGCUCAAUUCUCUGCCAUUUAGGAGUUAAAUCGCUGCAGCCCUAGCAACAUCUUCCAUACCAUACACACUUUCCGAAAAAGAAGUGUUUAUGUGGAACCUUUCUUACAUAGGUAGUGUUUAAUUUAGAAGUUCUUAUUUCUUGUUCUGUUAAUGGCCUGCUAAUGCAAAGCAGUCUCUUAUGUGAGAUUAGAUAAAUAAGGAAUCAUUUUUGUAGUAAGAUUUGUCUGCACCAUUAGAGAAGCAUAAUGUGAGUAUUACAAUUUUUUCUUAUAAAAUGUAUUUCAUUAUGUAAUAUUGUUGGGGUUUUGUUUCUAAUAUCUAUUUUCAUGAAUGCUUUUAUGGCUUCCAGUGUGCUCGUAAUCCACAAUGAUGCUCUAUGAGAAGCAUUUGAUUGGACUCUACCCAUCAUGAACAGGGAAAUUAGUGCUGGGGUAAAGGGGGUUGUGUCUACUUGGCUGCAGAACUUUAAAAGAGGUGGGAUUGAGGAAACUAGGAAAAACUAUUUCCUAGUAUAACUUAGAACUGAUGCAUUAUUUUUAAAAUGUAUGCAUAUUUCUUUAAAAAAAAUAAAAAAUGUUUUACUUCCGUUGUUCCUUCCGAUUUGUGACAUUCAUAGUUUGUUACAUAUAAUUUUUUCCCAUAUUAGUUGAUUUCGAAAGUAUACACAAAAAGAUUCAUUUUUUCCAAAGUCUUUUCUCGGAAGUGUCUCUAGUGGCUGUCUGGCUGUUUUAUUACCUAAUUAGAAGUCAUUGGUCAGUCUGCAGGGUCAGGAUCCCUACACCAUAACCACCACAUACAGAUAUAAUGGUUUUGGUGAUGUCCAAUUCAGUUGCAGUCAUUUAUUGGAAAACCAACACAUUAUUAUUUUUUCUUUUUCUGUACCCACUGUAAUUAUAGGGGGCAUAACAAACCUAAACCACUGUGUAAUUGUUUGACCACUGAUUCUUUUUCUAGCUGCUUAUAGACACGUUCGUUAUUUAAUUCUCCCUAAUCUAUGACUGGUUUCUUGUGGUUUUAUCCCUUACCAGAUACCAGGUCUCCCACUGGACGAGGACAAUGACUUUGUUGUUAUUGAACCUGAAGAUGCCAAGCCACUUCAGAAUUCAGAUGACGUUUACUCUCAACUGCUGAAAAUGCUUCAAGAGCAACAUGAGGUGGGAAUUAUGUUGGUUAGAGAUGAAGGACUGCAUUUGUCAAGCUUGCAUAAUUCCGUGGUUCCAGGACUACCAGCACUCCAGAGUUUAGGCAUUUCCCAGUUUUGUUCUUAAUCCCGGACCAUUAGUGUGUCUUGAGGACUGAGUUGUGAACCACUGACGUGGAUUGAUAGAAUCUCCACUAGAACUUGACUGGCAAUAGAUUGUCCUACUGUAACCAGGAUAUGUCCCCACCCUUCUAAUGACAUCCACCUCUGUCACCGGUAAACUACCACCAUCUCCAUAGACAACAAGUGUCUUUUAAACAAAACAAAAAUAAAACAAGUAACAUUUUCCCUUGGGGAACAUAUAAAAAUAUGUACAAUCUUUGUAAAUGUAUUCGCAUCAGGUUUUAGCUGAUUUUAAAAUAUAACCUUCAGUCUAAUCUUUUACUUCUUCUUUCAUAGAAAUGCUUGCGUUACUCCAAACAGUUUACACAAAUGGGCAAUGUUACAGAAACAACCAGGUAAGUGUUCCAAAGUAAUUUUUAUUUGAAAAAGUAUCCUCUUAUUCCUUAACAAUGGGAGUGUCUGUUUCAAACAUUUUGUAUGAAUCACAAUUUGCAUGUAUGUUAAUCCUGUGUAAUAGUAAACGUUUGCUCGUAGAUUGCCAUGUUUGUUUAUGCGGUGUCUGUAGAUUGUCCUUUCUAAACCCUCCUUAUUUUUGAGGCAGGUUUGAGAAAAUGGCUGAGGACUGCAAGAAAAACUGUUCCAUUUUGCAGCUGUCACAAGCUCAGGGCUUAGACCCUCCACCUUAUCACUUUGAAGACAAAACUUUGAAGAUUGUCAGGUAAUAAAAUUGUUUAAAGUGACACUGUUGGUAAUAGAAAAAUUCCAUAAAUUACCUUCAGAUCGCUAUUCAUUUCAUCUUCGUAAACUGUACUAAGUUUAGAUGGGUUUACCAGUUACAAUCUGCCAGUUUAGAGGCAUGAAGGCAGCCAUCUUUGAAUAGUAUCACAAUUUACAAACCUUCAUUAACCGUUACUGCGAUAAAUAUACUGUUUUGUCAACAUCCAAUCAGAGUUUGUGAUUUGAAAUGUAGCUCCCAGCAUCCCACUGUGCAUGGAAUAGGGAAUGGUUCAAUGAGCUAUGUGAUGAUGCUCUGCCCAAUGCUUGUAGGAAAUAUUUAAUAAGUAGGUUGACAUUUGACUUGAGAUCUGAAAGUUGCUGAAGAGCAGGUCAUGCAGUAGUCUGCAGAAGAAUCUUUUCAUUUCAUGGUCUAGGCACACGAUGCCGGUUUAUCUUUAUUUUGUUUGCACUUCUGCUUUCCUCAGGGUUUUCUCUGAGCUGAGUAGCACAGAAAUGCUUCUUAUAGUCGUCCGAGGAAUUAACCUGCCGGCUCCGUCAGGUGAGGAGUUUUCUAUGACUUUUACCUUCAAACCUGUGUCUGAAAUGGAGUCGCCAUGUUGGUUCAUUUUGUGAUUCUCUUUCGUUGACAGGCACAGCACCCAAUGAUUUAAACGCGUUUGUUAAAUUUGAAUUCCCUUACCCAAGCACGGUAAGAAAUAUUUCUGAGAGAGUGCGUGUAAUGUAAAGAACGUAUUGCGUCUAUACAUAGAGCGAGAUUGAUUCACAAGUCACUGUUUGUUUUCCAGGAGCAGCCUCAGAAGAAUAAAACCUCAGUUAUUAAAAACACCAAUUCUCCUGGUACGUUGCGUUCUUAGUGUGUGUUUUAGCAACUCAAUAUUGCAGCCUGACGACAUCAUUCACCUUCUCCAGAAAUAGACAUUUUCAGCAUCACGGGACUCAUGUUGUCAUCAUCCAGAUAUGCAGACACAUUGUGUUAUGUUAAUUACUUUAGAAAAAAAAAUCACCCCAAACUGUGUGUUUUAAAAAAAGAAAAUUGGGAAGUAGAGGGUUUUUAAAAAAUAUUUUAUUGAGGGCGUUGCCUUGUUUAUUGGGAUUGGGGGGGGGUGUUCCCUUUAACUCUAACGUAUGAUACUGAAAUAUCUCUUUAGAGGUAUAGAAGUAUAGGCUUAACAGAGAAAAAUAUAAGUUUAAUAAAUAUUUUGGAAGGGGCUUGAUUUUUAUUCAAAUCAGUUUUUAGCAGAGCUCCCACUUUUCUGUGUUGAAGGGUUAAUAUGCCCUAUAUCGCUUGGUAUAAUCCUUUUUUUUUAUUUUAUUUAUUUUUUUGUUUGACCAUGUUUUUCUAUAUGAUUUGUAUAAAUUAAAUUGUGUUUCUCUCUCAUUCUAUUUUUUGGGGGCAGAGUAUGAACAGUCUUUUAAAUUAAACAUCAACCGUAACCACAGAGGCUUUAAGCGAGUCGUUCAGACCAAAGGCGUGAAGUUUGAAAUCUUUAACAAAGGGUGAGGCUCCUCUCCUGUAUCUGUUUUUUCUGUGGCCGCCAUACUAUGCCCCGGCAGAUGACCAUGUGCACCAGAUCACAGCUGGUAUACAGUUUUUGAGUAUUGGGUACAAAAUAACUACCCAAUUUUUCAUAGUUAUUCUGUAUCAAGGGAUUUAUUUAUAUGUGUGAUGUGUGUUGUUGGGUAUACAUUAGGCACCAUAACUGCUAAAAUGAAUUGACACUGAAUGGAGGGACAGUGCCAGGAGCCCUCAGGCACUAUAAGCAAUUCAAUGAGAUUAAAUUGUUAUAGUGCCUACAUUGUCCCUUUUCAAAUAACCUCUAGCAGGAGUACAGACGCAACUAAAUGAAUGGGAAAUGCAACCUCUACCAUGGUUUUAUGUAAAUUACUAAGCUGCCAUUAGCUGCUGGGCUGCCUUAGAUCAUUAUCCAUCCGGUACAGAGUAAAUUAAUGAGUGAGCGUGUGUCCACCUACACCACCUGCUUUUACAAAGGAUUUGCAGAUGAAUGUAUGGUUUGCCUUAUUUAUAGCACAAAGUCCUGAAUUGUACAGAGUUGAAAUCCAACUGAUAAAUUUGCCUAAAUAGCGACCAUUUACAUUUCCGUUAGCUGCAAUUAUGAGUUUAUCAAAGUAAAUGCCUGCGCACUUGCUAGAUUUGUGAGCAUACUUUUAUUCAAAGCAACAUUUAAAGAAGAUCAAUGAAAGCACUUCCUGUUCAAUUUAGGACAGGAGGCGCGCUCUGAAAGAGGAGGCAGAAAUGGCAUGAGACGUGAUGGUGUCAUAUUCUCGGCCGUGUAAGUGCUGAGGCACAAUGCCUAAACAACCAAAAUAACACUGCUUUGCUCCCCCCAACGGGAGACUAAGUGAUAUUGUGCAGGAGAUGUGACUAAAAAUUAAAAAGUCCAUAAUGCGGACAGUCACUCCGAUAGAAGUUUCUCACAUUACAACACAUUCUGGAACCCAAACCGCUGUUGCCAAUGGCAAUACUAUAUAUAAAAGUCCCCUCUCAUGGCGCAAAUGCUGAAUCCCACUUUCUAUGUUUGUGCUUGUUAAAGGCUCAGUAGCAGUGCCGAAAUGUUGCUUUGACUAAUAGACUGCGCAAUAAUACAACUCCUAGUGAUGUGCUGUAUCCGGGUCUCGCCCAAACUGCCUGGCUGCACCUGAAUGUUCUGGAUUGUAAAGUGUGUGCAAUCUCUUUGAUGCAAUUCUGAGUUUAGUAAAUAAGACCUUCAUGUUGUAAUCUCAUAUCAGUAGUAAAAAAAACUCAUAUUGUUGGAGGUCUCUGCUUAAACUAAUUGCCGUUUUUGUCUUCUAAUCAUAUUACACGAUGAGACCCGUUGAGUUAAUAGAGAAGGGUCUGCACACAGUAGACUCCUGGUGCAUGUUUACAUAAAAACAAAGAAUGUGAGAACUCUUAUGUUGACACAAACCUAUUGUACAAAAUGCAAAUAAUGUUCUACAAACCUCUCUGUUAUUUAAAUCCUCUGCCUGUUAGUUUUACACUGCGUCUCUCCGUUUUCACCACAGGGUUUUUUUGCUGAAGAGUGAUAAACAGAUUGGCACGGCAAAUGUAAAACUGGACAAGUUAGAAUCUCAGUGUGAAAUCCGGGAAAUCGUGGAGGUAAAAUCUAGCCUAGACUAAAACACGCAUUACACCAGUGAUGGCUAACCUUGACACCAUAAAUUGUUUUUGGACGACAUUCCCCAUGAUGCUGAGCUAGCUUUUAGACUCUAAAAGCUGAGCAUCAUGGGAAAUGUGGUCCAGAAACAAUUUAUGGUGUCAAGGUUAGCCAUCACUGCCCUACAUUUCUCCUUGUUAAAGUUAUAGCUGUUCAUUUAAAGUGAGAACGGCUCCUAAAACAAUCAAUAUAUAAUUUAUCCUAAAGAUUAACCUCAGUUCCAUCUUUUUGUGUUCUAAUCUGAAUUGGAGAUCACUGCAUGUGCUGUCCAUCCAUUCCAUAAAUAUGACAUUCUGUUCCAGGAAUAGAGUGCUUAAUCAAACAGUGUUGGAGAUUCCUCAUAUUGUAUUACAAUAUGUUUUGGCUUAGGUUUUUGAUGGCCGAAAACAGACUGGUGGAAAACUAGAAGUUAAAGUCCGGCUGAGAGAGCCCCUCAACGGUCAGGACCUUCAGACAGUGACAGAAAAGUGGCUGGUACUGGGUCAGAUUCCUCGGAAGGUAGUUAUUGUUUUGCAUUAUGUGUGUUCUCCACUCAUAGAUCUAAAACAGACGUUUUAGUGAGCUGCAGUACAAGCCCAGCUUGGACAAAAAAAACCACUUUUAUAUUCUACAAUUUAAAAAAAAAAAGUUUUAUGGACCAUAUCUGUAAGAUCUGCUUGCUUUUAUUUCAGAAUCUGCGUCUGUGAUUUAGGAUUUCCUUGCCAUUUAAUGGCCAUUUGCCCCUUAAACAUUUAUUUCCUAUUGUUUUCGUUUUCACAUUAAAUCAAAGAUGAAUAGGGCAUGAUCAUAAUUAAAAUUAAAUUUGGUGUGUUCAAUACCAUAUUUAAAUAAUGAAAGUUCACUAUGACAAGUGUGUUUAUAUAUUUUUUUUUUAUAGUAUAAUUUCUGAUGGCAAAUGGUGUAGGUUGGGCUUACUGAAAGAAACAAACCCCACUACGUCUUUAUUCUGCUUUCCCCGUUUGUAGUGUAACCAAGAACAGGAAGGAAAUAUUAAAGAGAAAGCAACGCAGUAACUGAAAGUACUAACAGAAACGUCACAGGCAAUGUAAUUCACAUGAUUAUAAACUACAAGAUGGUGGCAGCCGAUGAAGAAGCCAUUAUGUAGAGAAAGUCCAUGCACCUAGCCAUGGUGUCCAAGUCUCCCAACACGGAGAUUCCAACAGUAGAAUUUUUAAAGAUGGCUUAAUAACUAACAAAGUUACCUAUGGGUUGUGCUGUUCAAAAAGAAAAAGAAAAUUAUAUAUAUAUAUAUAUAUAUAUAUAUUUUUUUUUUUUUUUCUUUCCUUUCUUGAUGUGUCAUAUGGCACACUGUGAGGGCACAGGAUGCUAUAAAAAGGAUUCCCAAACACACGUUCCUCUUAUUAGAUGCUCAUUUGUGCUUAGAGCAUUAUGGGGAGAGGUCGGCCUGCAGGCAGGGUAGUGUUAUGGGCACUCCUGCCCCCACUGAACAGGGGUGAGCGAAUAGAGAGCUUUCAUUAUGACUAACACGGCAGUUCAAAUUCUGUCAGGACAGAUUCCCUUUAAAUACCUCUUUAAGCAGCCAGUAUAAUUUAUCAUAAUGAUAAAGAUUACUUUAGGAAAUGAUAAAUACAUCCUCUCCAGUCCCGUGGUGGUUGUGGGUGUAAUACCAAUAUAUCCAUGCCCUACCCUACAUUAUUGACUCUGCCUAGGGUCAUUUCCCGAUGCAGACUGCAUCUCUCCCAUUGCUACAACAAUAUUAAUUCAAGGUGACAGCUGACAUUCAUACUCUUACAAAGUGUGACAUGCACUCAGCAGAAGAAUAGCACAGCUGAAGUUGUGGCAGAACAGGAGAACCUCUGGUCGAAGGGUUCUCCUGUCCUCUUGUCACUCAAGUUUUGGCAUGUAAGUGUAUUCUAAGCCUUGAGGAAUAAUUGAGGACCUUAUUUGUUUGUUAUUGUGAGACAUAUAUUUGCUAACGAUUCUCCUAGCACAAACUAAAAAUAAAAUGUUGGUCCCUGUAAGGUUAUGGACAACUAUGUGCCCCAUUACACAAAAACUUUAAAACUGCCCUGCAGCCCACCAUUCUAAGUUCCCUUGUGUAAAGUGUUUAGUUUCCACACAUCCUUUGUAGAUACAUAUACAGCGAUGCAGACAUUUCUAUGUAUUUCCCCCACUCACAAACCUGUGUCUAGUUAACUACACUUAUGCAAUCAUUUAUUUAACAUAAAAUCUGUUACCAACAUGCAUAUGGCAGAUGUUUUCUGAACUAUGGUGAUUUGUAGGUAGUGCUUUAUCAGUAAAACAGAUUGCAGCAGCACUUAGUGUCCUGGACCAUGUCAUCAUGUUGUGAUGCUUGGGGGCGGGGGGUGCCUAUGCUUUGCCAAUAGACCACAAACUAACCUAAUUUGCAGGGUACAUGUUCUGGCUGUGCCAGGACAGGAAGGAAUGCAGUGUAAGGUGGAAAAACAAACAUUUAGCAAUUUAGAAAUGGCAAAAAAAAAUCAAAAACAAACACCUCACAUUUUGACAAGCUGCUUUACAUUUUCUACCAUCUCCCUCCAUGACUGUAAUGUUGGGUGAGUGAUAAAUUCUAGAUUUACAAGACAGCAGCUGUUAUGGGAUUUCCCCAUGGAGAUUAUACACAAUGUACUAAUAAUUCUUCAAACCUGACACAGGUGUACUUACCUCAAGCAUAAGUGACAUUUCAGCUGUUUCUUACACAUGUCAUUUUCUCCCCCUUGUUAACAGUAAGGAAAGCACUAGGAGUGGAAGGCAGCCUAGAGAUGGAGACGUUGCCUUUUAAAAUAAACUUCUCAUGCGCCAACAGUAUGAUCUUCCGGUCAGGAAGGAAAUCGGAGGGGUUGCAUACCAAAGACUCAUUAGUAUCUCCUAUAGCAAAGCAGCACGCCAGAAAAUGCAUCAGCCGCAGAGAGACUAAAUGACUUAACUUUACAUAGCAAUGCAGAAUGUUUGCAACUCCCAGACUGCACUGACCGCAAGACCUUAUUAACCAUACAACCGCAGAGCUUUGUGGCACCAGGAUGGCAUUGUGCCCACACUGGCUUCUUGUGUUGAAUGUAAACUGAAACCAACGUUACGGAGACUCAUGCACAAAUCCGAUGAGGAUUCUGAAUGUCUUGCAGUACAACAUACUGCUCUAAUAACUGUCAGAUGGGCAAAGUCCCGGAUCUCCGGCCCCUUGGAAAAGAAGGGGGCUAACAGAUGAAGGUACGAUACUUUGCAUAACACGGUGCCAGAGAAAUCUGACGAUUGUGAAUGUGCUGCUGUACCAGGUGCUGAAAUCUGCAAAUAUAUCAUUUUACAAUUAACAUUAUCACUAACUCCAUGUUAACUGCACACACCAAAUGUCCUCAGCUGACAGACGGGAUGGAGGUCUAAUUUAUAAACGGGAUACAAGUUUUACACUGGCUGCUUCAAAUUAAAGUGUUUUUUUGUUUUUAUCCCAGUCAGACCUAGACCCACAUUAGUUUCCUAAACAAUCCUCUUCUCCUUGAUAAGUUCAUGAAAAGUGCUCCCUGCAGUAUGUGGCAUUAAUAUUCUGCAAGAAAUUGCCAUUCUGAAUUGAGUUUUUUUUCUCCCUUCCUACAGCAUACAAAUGCUACAUACAGGGUACCACUUUCCAUGUGCUGGCCACAAGUACCAAGAAGCAGUAGAUAUGCUCAGGACAACAUGGUAAAUGUGGCCACCCCAACUUCAAACCACUCGAAAGAAUCAUUUUCAGAGUAGGGUUUAACAGGUCCACAAUUGCCCCAGCGCAUAAGAUGGUAAAACUCACUUUAUUACUCAGAGAGGUGCUUUUCAACCUGUCAGGGAAAGGUUUAACUCUUCAAGUGCCAUGGAGACAUGCUUACCUACGGCUAUGGGCGGAAUAGCCUGUUUAAAUGAGCAUAAAUGCAAAUUCUGCUCUAAGCCCUAAUAUUACUUUAUGAAGUGGAGAAAAAUUUCUAAUUAAGCCAAUAUAUAUAUGCCAAAAUGGCUGUUCGGCUACCCUGUAAAUAUACCUUAAAAAACAUGACACUCCCUGGCACUCUAGGGUUUAUAGACGUUUGGAAGUGGCAGAAUUCAGAAAGUCUCCCCACUUUCCCUGUAAGUGCCUUUUAAAGAAAUCAUUCCGUCAGCUGCCGGUCACAAAGGUUUUAUCUGGUAAGUCCUCUUGCUCUAGCGCAGUCCGCUUUGCGUGCCUUUUUAUUUUACUUUGAGGGGCAGGAACUCAAAGUUUUAAACAAGCUGUAAACGAAGGAGGGGGAAAAUAGAAUAACAGUUGCAGAUACAUUGGAUCUCCUUUAGCAGGAGCAGAUCCUGCCUUUGUAGUCAAUGCAUUGCAGACUGGUGUAUAGUGGCUGCAGCAAAGUCAUUCAUUACCUUUUAUUUAUUUCUGCAUCGUUGUAAGAAAGUAGCCUGUGCCACGUGUGAAUCAUUGUUCAGACUGUUAGAAAAAGCCAUUUUUAUUUAUUACACAUCUUGCACUUUGUUCGUUAAUGGAACUGUUUUAUGUAUAUGGUAUUAAAUUUAAAUGGUGAAUCAAUUUGUGUGUGUUUUGUUUUUAGUCUAAUAAUAAAAUAUAUACCA